AGGAAACAGAACGCUGCAGACUUCCUGACUGUUGAAUUCGCUGGUUGUAUUCUUUAGCAUCAGCAGCAGAUAAAAGUAGACAUGAACAGGUCUCAUGAAGCAAUUCCUGGUAUAGGCAAGCCAAUGCGAUUGCUGCGUUCUCCAAAGAUGUUGAUGCGGAGAAACGUCAUGGCACAUAGUAAACUGGAGAUCAAGCAGGUGUACAAACUGCUGCAGGAGGUACUCCAGCAGAAUAAAGAGAAGGUGGUGCAGUUGUUGCGGUCCGGCGUUCCGGGUCUGAUCAACCUCACCGAGCCGAAUGAUGGGAUCGGUGCCUUGCACUUGGCUGCGUUGAACAACUAUCUGGAGAUGGCUCAACUCCUCCUGUCCCUAUAUGCUCACCCUGACAUCCAGAACAAAUAUGGACAGAGUGCAAUCAUGAUGGCUGCAAAACUGGGUCAUGUCGACAUGGUGGCGCUUUUGGCUAAUAAUCAAGCCAACAUGACCUUGGUAGACAAAGAGGGCAAAGGAAUACUGUUCUACUGCAUCAGCCCUACAAAAACACACAAGCAGAUCUGGGAAAUUGUUCUAAACAACAACAUAAAUGUCAACAACAUCGCGUACAGUGGGAGAUCUGCAUUCAUGUUCGCCUGUGAACAUGGAAAAGACUGUGAAAAGCUCUGUCUCCAGCUCUUAGAGAGAGGAGCUGACCCCAACGUCGCUGAUCCGUUGUCGGGGCGUACCCCUUUGAUGGAGGCAGUCAGAUUGGGAUCUCUCACAGUCGUGAGAGAGAUUCUGCAGAGAGGAGGAAACCCGAAUGUUGUAGACAAGCAAAAACUGUCUGCCGCCCACAUUGCAGCAGAAGGAUUUAUUGAGGCCCUGAUUCUGUUGUCAGCGUACUCGGCUGAUUUCAACCUGGUGUCGUCGCUGGGGAACACGCCAUUACAUGAAGCCGCAGCCAAAGGCUGCGUUCAAUGCUGCAGGUUUUUGAUUCAGAGAGGGUGCAAGUUGAUGACGAGGAACCACCAGUACCUUCUACCGAGUCAGGUGGCUGAGCUCAACAACCACAAAGCUGCUGUGAAAGAACUUAAAGAAUCAGAGAAAGAUCUGCAAUCAGGACUGCUCUCAGCGUUCUUCGAUCAGGCCCGCUUACACGAUUGGGCAUUUGAGCAUGAAGCAGUGCUCAGACAGGCCUUCCAAUCUGCAGAGAAGUCAGACGCUUGUAUUUCAGAGGAGACUUUUUUGUCCGUCUUGAAGGCUUAUUACGCCCCAAUAGACGACGAUGGCCUUCAAACUGUCGCAGACAAGCUCAUCAGGAGAUCCGCGGGUGACAUCGACAUAGAUGACUUCUUCCUGGAUGUCGGCUACCUGCCAAAUAAAUACCAUCUCUCAUCCUUUCACCAUUCAUUGACCAGAGGCGCAAGAGUGAUGGACAAGAUUGUCAACCAGUCCAUUAAUGAUACAUGUAUUAUAAGACGUGGCCAUACUCUAUCCUCCAUCUUAAAGCCCAAACCUGUUUACAUCAGCAUUAAUGACUGUGUAAAAAGGAAUGACUUUGGGUCUCUUUACAUAGCAUUAAGACAAAAUAUUCCUGUUGACAUUAGAGAUCAUUUUUACAAAACACCUCUUAUGAACGCCUGCAUCUCCGGGAACCGCAAGAUGGUUCGCUACCUCAUCGCACACGGGGCAAACGUGAAUACAUGCGAUGACCUGAAGUGGACUAGCCUACAUCACGCCUGCUUUUGCGGACACACCGAAAUAGUUCAACUCCUUCUUGAGCACGGUGCUAUUGUAGACGCCAUUACUAUCCACAAAGUGACACCGCUAAUGAGGGCCAUCCAAAGCAGCAAGCUCAGCUGUGUGGAUCUUCUCAUCAAGUCUGGGGCAAACAUCCUGGCCACAAACAAGCGCGGUCAAGACUGCAUGCUCCUCGCCCAGAUGUAUGGAAGUCCACAAAUCCGAGCUCUGGUUAGACAUACAUUGUAUCAGGUACCAGAGGUGAAAACAAAGAAUGUGACUAAUAGAAUGCCAAAACAGUGUCAGCAAGCUAUGAAAGUAAAUGUAGCUUUUAAACCUGGGGCUAGAAAUUACUUUAGUACCAGCGCCUUUCAAAGAGACUCGGUGAAGAGGUUUCUGUCAAGCUCUGACUUCAAGCAGCAGAUGGCAGGGAGAAGGAUUUAUUUGACAGAUAGCAUGAUGAACAUUAGAAGAACGGGACAGAGUCAUCAACACUCCAGGGAGAGUCUGAGACUGUCUGGCAUUAACUCAAGCUUUCCUGCCUCUCGAAUGUCUGGAGUCUAUCAUCACUAACUAACUGUCUUCUCUAAUUGUCUCUAUUGCCGUGUUUUCAAUCUCAAGGAUUGGUGGGUUUUUUGUUUCUUUCUGUUUGGGAAUCUGUUUUGAAAUCUUUUUGUCUUUGCCUCAACACGAACAUAUAUGCAGUGUGCGUACACACGCUAACUGCUAGAGGAAUGAUAAUAAUAAGUGGUUGAUAAUGAACUGAAAGACAGCAGCUUUACACACAGGCUAUGAUGCAGUAAAUAUUGUCACAUACAAGCAUGGCCGCCCACAGACUACACCGCCCACCAAGUGCAGUGCUAUUUGUACUGUCGCCAAAAUAUUGGUUGAGCAUGACCGGCUUCAGUUUUACACACAUUACACACAUGAACAGAGACUCUAAACUCGUUCAAAGUUAUCACUCUUUAUUGUUCCUGUACACCUGAGCUACCAAACCCUGUUCUUUAUUUUGCCCUUUUUUAUAUUGACUUGUCCCAGUCAUGUUCUUCUUUUUGUACAUCGCCUGACCUUUGCUGAUCUUUGGCCAUGACCCUGCCUUGAUUCAUUAAAGAUUUAAAGUUUACAGACA